AUGAAAGGAUUGAGCAGAACCAACAGUUCUGCUGCUACUACGAAAGGCGUUUCACCAAAGCGCAUCUCCGCGAAGGGACAGGUUGAGAGCCAGGGAGAAUUUUGGAACGUUAUACGCAUCCUCAAGGAGUCUGGGACCAAAUACCAGGUUCAAUGGGAUGGAAUAGAUCCAAAAACUGGCAAAGGAUGGCUCCCAAGUUGGAUUCCUAAAAGUGACUGCACCGACGCAUUGGUGCGCGAAUGGGAGGACGAAAAAAGAAAGCGGAAGCUAGAGCGGGAAGUCAAAUUGCGGCGUCAACAUUCCUCCGUAUCCUCUGGAACGCCCACCGAUUCGGCAGCAGCAGCACCGGUGAAAGGGCCAGCGAAAGAAGAAGAUGCGAUAGGGAUGAAACCAAUGAGUAGAUCUCCAUAUGCCGAGAUCACUCGAAAGCGCCCUCGGUCGCCUGUGCCAAAGGCAUCACCCUCAAAGGUUGAGCAGCAUUCCAGCCCUAAGUCGGAGAUUUCGAUACAGUCUCGGAAGCGACGCCGAAUAAUUCAGAACUCCGAGCAAGAAGAGCUCGAUCGCGAAAUCCCGACCCCUGCCAACCAGUCCAGCAAACUUGACAAUCACAACGCCUCUCAUGGCUCUGGUCGAGGAUCCUCCAACCGAACCAUUGUUCCGGACUCCGAACCGGGGGAAGAUGACCCGAGUCAAGACACCAACAGCACAUCUUUCGAGAGGAAGAACCCGAAAUCAUUGCGACCUGUUCCACCACUUAGUCCUUCCUUUUUCCAUGACUCCCUGGGUCCGCCACCAUCCCAGAUUGAAGACUUUCCCGACUCGGAUUCCGCGAUCCCAAGACGGUCAUAUCCACACCAAAGUUCGUCAAAGACACCGGAAAAACGAAUGACUGGCUCCUUCGUAUCGCGUAUGAACCAGAUAAAAGCGUCAAGAGAAGCAUUUCCCGUCGCGAAAAGUGAUGGAAUACCAGAGUCAGAUGUGGAGCCUAAAAUCAAGGCCCCAGCUCCUGGCAUGGACCAAGAGGACCCAAUACAAGAGUCAUGCGACGUGGACGCACUUGAGCGAGUCUCUGUCGAAAGAGAUCUUGAAGGUACAGAGUCAAACCCACCCAAUGAUACGUCGAACCCAUCUCAUCCAACGAUGGAGGAAACUAAGGAGAGCCCAGCCACCGGAAGGACCAUUGAAAAUUCGGAACGAGUAACGAUCGAAGAUGUCGAAAGGAAGUGGAGGCUGAAACUCACAGCAAAAGAUGCAACCAUAGAGUCGUUGGAAACGAGCAUAAAGCUGAUGCAAGACGAACGUGCUGUGUACGAGAAGCGUUUUUCAGCUACCAUUCAGGAACACGUUCUGGCUCAACGCGCACUCGAGCAGCAAGUUGCUAGUCUCACCACUGCCCUGAAGCAAUUUGGCACCAUGUCUCCUGAAGGAGUUGACGCAAUCAUACAACAGACGCUUGCGGCAAGCCAGGAAACUUCCACGGAUGUGGGGGUCGAAGGCAUGGUACCCACGCAUCCCAUGUCGCAUGUCCGUUCCGAAGAGGACGAAGCGUUGAUCGCUCAGUUGCAGGCGGAUAAUACGAGGCUGAAAGAUUCUCUCGUCGAAAGCCAGCGAGCAAAGGCGAGUACCGAUGCCAUGGUGGAGCAGAUGCGGGACGUUGCACGCCGGGCCGAGGCGGCGAAGAUGGAACUUGCACGUCAAUCGCGUAUCGACAAAGAGGUCGCGCGAAACGCACCGACCCAUUUCAAGGAUCUUUACCAAUCUCAGUUGGACGAGGCAAAGCGCGAGAUUGCCGAAUUACGUGCACAAGUUGGGAUACUUGAAGCACAAAGCAAACUCACAGGGGACGUGGUCCGAAACCGCGCGGCCAGGGCGGAAGAUUUUGCCCGCAAAUACAAUGAGUUGGUUAAGAAGAGGGAUGAGCUUUUAGAAGACAUAUACAUCGCGGAAAACGAACGAGACGACGCAUUGUUCAAACUACACGAUAUGCAGGAAAAGCUCAAGCAGACGACUCUUGCGCUGUCCAACCCCGCCGAUUUGCACAAGUUGCCGGAAAUUCUUCAAGAUAUUGUCAGCCAGAGCGUAUCCUCUGUGCGCAUGGAUGACUAUAUUACGGACUCGACUGAUGGUGAUGAAGACCGACGGUCAAACACCGGCACGACAGCCUCUUUUGCAAGGCUACGGCCGGUCACCGGUGAUGACGGUAGUGCAAUGUCCGAGGAAGAUCACGGUCGAUACUUUGCUAUGGCACUCGAAGAAGCCGAAGCUUCUCAAUCGAAAUCCAUCGACCCUCGAGAGCUCGCUUUGCCCAGUCAGCGUCUGGAAGGUUCAUUGGAGGCGGAGAUUUUUGUCUAUGCUUGUCUAUGGCAAUCAGAUAGUAGUUGCAGACGGCACUAUCAAUCACGAGAGGCACUCCUCGAUCACAUUUUCAGGGAUCAUCUGAAUCUAUAG